AUGAAUUUUUAAAGUGAAGUAUCGGAUGAUAUCGAUAAUUCUUUUGAAGUAAAAACGUUUCCUAAUAUCAAAAAUUCAGAUAGCGAGGAAUUUAGGAAGGUACAGUCAAGUUCUUUAAAAGAUUCUCAUGUCUCAAAAAAUGUAAAUAAUUAUGAUAUUACAUCUGAGAGCAAUGUCACUUUAAACAAAAUUAAUCAUAUAGUCGAAUUUGAUAACAAUAUCGCUUGCGAAAUUAUUCAAAAUAAACGAGAAAAUGAACCUGAAGAAUUUUCUGCAAACAUUAAGAUAACAACAAACAUUAAGAUAACAAAUAAAUGUGACAAAACUAACUAUAUGUUAAAAGAAAAAUUCUAUUCUAGUUUAAAUUCGGUUAAUUUAUCAGAAGUUAUUACCUCACAAGAUAAUAGUUCUUUUCUUUCUUGUACUAAGCAAGCACAAUGCACUAAUCAGAUUAAAAGAAAUAUUUCGAGAAGUCAAAUACAGACCAGUAGCGAUACAUCAACAGAAGAAUCGGACGAUAGUUCGGAUGAAGUUUCGAGUAAGCGACAAAAAUUAAAUGAAAGUGUGCGCAAUACCAAUGAAGGAAACUUAAAUGACAAUACAGUGACGUUUCAAAGAAACACAUUAAUAGCAGAGCAGCAAAAUUAUCAUUUGAUAAGUGAGUCAGUUGAGAACGAAUCAUCGAAUACAAAUUUAAGAGCAAGAUCAGAAACUACUAAUAAUUACCAGUCUACUUCAUACAAACAUGAAGAUAAUGGGAAUAAAUGGGAAGCUACUAAAAAGGAUGAAUGGGAGAAACAAGAGAAAGAUAAAGAUAAAGAUAAGAACAAUGAAGAAGCCGAUAACUUAAAAAUAAGAAAAAUAUUUCCUAAUUGGCAUAUUGUACCGGAAGUGAUAAAUCGUCAAAUAGGUAGCAAUCAAUUAUUCGAAAGACGAUUCUAUAGUUCUUUAUAUGCAGUAGAACACCUGCAACUUAUGUAUAAACUUAAUGAAUCCAUAUUGAAUUAUCAAAUAAUAAAACUCUUAAAUUUUAAUCACAAAGGAAAUUUAUUAAUGUGUGUCAUUUGUGAUAUGAUUUCUAUUUGGGAUUGGGCUGUAGGAAAAAAAAAAUAUUCUUUUACAAAUAAAGAUAACUUCUUUAUAUCAGAUACCAAAUGGCUGUCGUUGGAAAAUCUUAUAGCUUUUUCUGAUAAUUUUUAUCAGAUAUAUUUGCUGGAUAUUGAAAGCAACAUAUCGAUGAAAUUGGCGACACACGAUGGAAUCUUGAAAUUGGCUGUGCAUCCUGAAAUACCUUAUGUAAUUUUUUCUGCUGGAAUUGAUUCAAGAGUGUUAUCCAUUGAUAUCCGAGAAAGCAAACCAAAAGAGUUAUUUGUAGUAAAGGAAAAUUUGUUAAAAGUACCAUUACACAGUAUAAAUUUUAAUCCUUCAAACAGUAAUGAAUUAUGUGUCGCUGGUCAGUCCUACUGUGUCAUGGUAUACGAUCAGCGAAAUGUUUCAAAACCGCUUUAUAAACUAUGGCCUAAUUAUGUAGUAAAUAAUGAUUACGUAUUUGUAACGUCUGCAACGUAUAAUUAUAACGGAACAGAAAUUCUCGUUUCGUAUAAUCAUAAGGAAUUAUUCCUGUUUAAUAAAUUAAAAACAUUAUCAUGUGGAGAUUACGGCCAUAUGUAUGAAAAUUAUGUGGAUAUAUCACAACCGUUAUAUAAUGGUUAUUUUUUCGGACCUAAAAGCGAAUAUGUUAUAUCUGGAUCCGAUAAUAAUAUAUUUAUUUGGGAAAAAAAUUCAGAAUGUAUCAUACAAUAUAUGACAGGAGAUACACUAUUGGUAACUCACUUGGCGAGUCAUCCGCAUAUUCCCAUUCUUGCGACAUGCGGAUUUGAGAACAACAUUAAACUAUGGAUGCCUUCGAAAGGAAAACUUUCGGUAAUGCAGUCAUUCGGCAAUGUACGUAAGUCCCACGCGAGAAAUAGGGAGAAAAAUAACAAUUUCUUCCUCUGA